UCGGCAAUACAGACCCGAUUGACGCAUCCCGAGUGAACGACUGGCCGCUCUCGAGUCGACGUCUAUACAUCGGUCCAACUCGUUUCGUUCGAGUCUUGCAGCAGUAGCAAUAGUAGUGCUGGCGUGUCUAUUCAGUGCCGUCGAAGAAACUCGUCCGCUGCUUUUUCGAGGCACAGGCGAGUCGACCCCGAUUGCCGCCGCAGCGAGGAGAAGAAGCUCAAGUCUGCCGCCGAUCGAACAUGAAAGACGUUCGCAAUCAGUUCGAGAAGGACGGCUAUGUCGUGCUGGAGGACUUCUUCAAGCCCGAAGAGGUGGACGAGCUCAAGUCCGCCGGCGAGGAGUUUACGACGAACCUGCCCUCCGAGAAGGACCGAAAGAUCUUCAACACCGUCGACCAACAACAGAGCAAGGAUCGAUACUUCCUCGACAGCGCCAACAAGAUAAGCUUCUUUUUCGAAUCGGAGGCGCUCGAGAAGGAUGGCAAGCUCAAAGUUCAUCCCCGCGUGUCGCUGAACAAGGUAGGUCACGCACUGCACUGGCUGCACCCGGUUUUCAAGAAGUAUACCUUCAGCGAAAAGGUCAAAGACAUAGCUUUUCAGCUCGAGAUGAUCGAACCAGCUGUCUGCCAAUCGAUGUACAUUUACAAGAAUCCGGGAAUCGGAUCGGAAGUCAUAGUACAUCAAGAUGCCAGCUACUUGUAUACUGACCCGGUGAAACUAGUGGGUUUCUGGGUGGCUCUGGACGACGCAACACACGAGAACGGCUGCCUUUGGGUAGCCCCCGGAUCACAUAAGAGCGGCGUACACAGGCGCUACAUGCGCAACAAAGAUCCUCUCGCCCAGGAUCUCCUCAUUUACGAUAAGUCAAAUGCUUACUACCAAGCCGACACAUUUCGACCAGUUGAGGUGCGCAAAGGCAGUCUUGUGCUUCUUCACGGCCAGGUCGUCCAUUACUCCAACGCCAAUCGUAGCGAGACUUCCAGACACGCGUACACGUUCCACGUUAUCGAGACGCAACACGUAAACUACUCCAAGCACAACUGGCUGCAGCCACCCAAGGAGGGCUUUCCACUUCUCUAUACAAACUAAACAAAUUGCCGUUGUCUUUUUGAAAAACUCAUACACCGCGGCUGUGCAUUUUUAUUUUCUACAUCGAACAUUAUACGAAAUUCAAAGAGUUGUAAAUAAAGUUCACGUAAGCACCCACA